ACUGGGUCCUCGGAUUUGGCCGGCUCUGGGGCGCCCCCGCCUGGUGGGGGAGUCCAAGCGGCGGCGGCUGAGGAGGAGGAGCGAGAGGUGGUACGGGUCCGAGUCAAGAAAUGUGAGAGCUUCUUGCCACCUGAGUUCCGCUCUUUUGCUGUUGACCCCCAGAUCACCUCACUCGAUGUGUUGCAGCACAUCCUCAUCCGAGCAUUUGACUUGAAUGGGAAGAAGAACUUUGGCAUCAGCUACCUGGGCCGGGAUCGGCUGGGGCAGGAAGCUUACCUCUCACUCCUGUCUGACUGGGACCUCAGCACAGCCUUCGCCACUGCCUCCAAACCUUACCUGCAGCUGCGUGUAGAUAUUCGGCCCACUGAGGACAGCCCGCUGCUGGAAGACUGGGACAUAAUCAGCCCCAAGGAUGUCAUCGGCUCCGACGUGCUGCUGGCUGAGAAACGGUCAUCGCUGACAGCGGCUGCCCUGCCCUUCACUCAGUCCAUCCUCUCUCAGGUGGGCCGCACCUUGUCUAAGGUCCAGCAGGUGCUGAGUUGGUCAUACGGGGAGGAUGUCAAGCCUUUCAAGCCACCCCUGAGUGAUGCUGAGUUCCACACAUACCUGAACCACGAGGGCCAGCUCUCCCGCCCUGAGGAGUUGCGCCUGCGGAUCUAUCACGGUGGUGUUGAGCCCUCCCUGCGAAAGGUGGUGUGGCGGUAUCUCCUGAAUGUGUACCCAGAUGGGCUGACAGGCCGCGAAAGGAUGGACUACAUGAAACGGAAGAGUCGGGAAUAUGAGCAGCUUAAGAGCGAGUGGGCACAGCGAGCCAGCCCCGAGGACUUGGAGUUCAUCCGCAGCACGGUCCUCAAGGAUGUGCUGCGGACCGACCGGGCCCACCCCUACUACGCGGGGCCCGAGGAUGGCCCACACCUGCGCGCACUGCACGACCUGCUCACCACGUACGCCGUCACCCACCCACAGGUGUCCUACUGCCAGGGCAUGAGCGAUCUCGCCUCACCCAUCCUUGCCGUCAUGGACCAUGAAGGUCAUGCCUUCGUCUGCUUUUGUGGCAUCAUGAAGCGCCUGGCUGGGAACUUCCACCCUGAUGGCCGCGCCAUGGCCACCAAGUUCGCGCACCUCAAGUUGCUGCUGCGACACGCCGACCCCGACUUCUACCAGUACUUGCAGGAAGCUGGUGCUGAUGAUCUCUUCUUCUGCUACCGCUGGCUGCUGCUUGAGCUCAAGCGCGAGUUCGCCUUUGACGAUGCCCUCCGCAUGCUCGAGGUCACCUGGAGCUCGCUGCCUCCCGAUCCCCCUGAACACGAGGUAGAGCUCAUCGGACCCCCCAGCCAAGUGGCAGACACUGGCUUCAGCAGCCACAGGGGUCGGCCUGUGCGGCAGAGGCACAUGUUGAGGCCUGCCGGUGGGGGAGGUGGUGCUUUUGAAGAUGCGGUUGACCACUUGGCCAUGACCAGUCAGGGGCCUAGUGGCGGGGGAAGGGAUAACACCAGCCCCAGGAGGGACCCUCGGGUCCAGCUGCCCCACCCCGUUGCCCUCAUUAGCUCCAAGUCCCUCUCGGAGCCCUUGCUGAACUCCUCAGACCCACUACUAUCCUCCUCUUCCCACCCCGAUUCACCAUCCUCCUCAUCUCCGCCAUCCUCCCAGGAGGCCUCUCCUGCUGGUGAGGUGGCUGCAGGAUCCCCCCUGAUACCUGAGGUGGGCUCCCCACAAGACCCUGGGAAGUCUCUGCCACCCCCACACCCAUUGGGCCUGCCCCCACCCCAGGAGUUCGGCCAGGGGAACCCAUUCAUGCUCUUCCUCUGUCUCGCCAUACUGCUGGAGCACCGUGACCACAUCAUGCGCAACGGGCUGGAUUACAAUGAGCUGGCCAUGCACUUCGACCGCCUCGUGCGAAAACACCACCUGGGGCGCGUCCUACGCCGGGCCAAGGCUCUCUUUGCUGAUUACCUGCAGUCUGAGGUGUGGGACUCAGAGGAGGGAGCAGAGGCCACAGCCCCGUUGUAAUCAGGCUCCCUCCAGCCCACCAUCAGCCCCACCAGGUCUCCAUUAUUUGCCACGAGGGCCUCCACAUGAGGCCCUACCUCCCUGCCUGCUGGCCCUAGACCUGUUGGGGUGCAGGACCCUCUCCCCACAGGUCUGGGAAUAUGGGGCUCUGCUUCAGCACUGUCCCAUUGAGGCUACAGCCUCUUUUCUGUUGUUGCUUUGUUUUUAACAACUGUACUUUGCACACAUGAAGGUCACUGUGGUCUGUUGA